GGCCAAUGGAGAAAAUGUACUACUUUAAAAUGGAGACAGCCCCAAUUCGCACAGAUACAAAGAUAAGUUCUCUAUCAUUCAAUUCAUUGUCUCUGUGGCCUGUUAACACGGGUAUCUGCCCCCUGAUUGGCUAGAAUGGUCCCACCUGAUCUAGCCUCUUCCUGCCUGCCUUCCAUCUUUACGGACAUGUAUUUCCAUUGUUAGAGCGGCGAAUCGACUCUCUUGUCAAUAUAAUAGACAAUCUUUGUGUCAGAGCUGAUCAUAACAACCUUCCAGCUAGCAGCUUUGAGUUUGUCUUCCAUUUGAGAGUGAACAUUUAUUAGUGCCACGUUAACGACUGAAGUAAUAACCGGACAUAAACACAGAUCGUCAUUAUGCCUUCUGCUUGUGACUCCCCGAUCGAUGACAUUGAGGACAUGGUGUCAGCUGACGACCCGACUCCACAGGAGAGGCAGUAUGCCAGGAAGAGCAUCGUCCCCAGAGCCAGGAAGAGAAACACCCAGCAGACGACAGAGGUGCUGCAAGCAGACAGUGUGAUCCCGGGCAUGCAGAAGAUCUGGAUGAGGACGUGGGGCUGCUCCCACAACAACUCAGACGGGGAAUACAUGGCUGGACAGCUGGCAGCGAGCGGAUACAAGAUGACAGGUGGUGUUAGGUCCUUAUUUAGGCCCAGAGUGAUGGACAGGCACUGGGGGGGGGUCCAGGCCGUGUGCCCAGGCCGUGUGCCCGUCUUCCUGACGGACAGUGGGGAUUGGGAAAGGUGAGACUGUCACGGCCAAAUCGGUGGAGAUGAAACUGGGAAUGGCCUGUAAUGGUUUUGGUGGCGUCAGCUCUGUGUGUGUUAGACCCACGCUGGCCUCCCGGCUGGCUCUCAUCACAAGGCUUUGCUGGACAGGCCGUUCUGAGCUUCAGGGAAGGCUUCAGGCUUAAGGCUUAAUGGCUGUUCUGUUCAGACUGGGGUCUCCAAAAUGCCACCCUACUUCCCCAUGGGGUUCUGGUCAAAAGUAGUGCACUAUUUAGGGAGUAGGGUUUCAUUUGGGACUCACGCCACUGUCUGUAUUGAGAGCUGCACCUGGGGGUGAAGACUGUGUCUGGUGUUGUCAGAUGUGACUGAAUUGUUAUUUUUUUACAGCAAAGAAUAACUAAUGCUUUUUAAUGACUCUGGAAAGUAAAGACAGACAAUUAUCUCUGCUGUUUAAAAAAAAACUGUAGAAUCUACAACUAAAGCAAAUUUGGGUUUUAAGUGUGUUUUGUCCUCCAAGACCCAAUAUUGAAAUGGUGAAGCCCAGUUCCCCUGUCCACCACCAGAGGGCAGUGUUGCCCCACUGUAAAGGGACACCAUUGUUCCCUCUGGCAUCUCCACAGCACCACAAGCAGGUCAACAUUUUCCUCCUCUGAAUUUACUGCUCUCCCAGAUUGCAUGAUGUCAGACUUGAUUUGUGAAAACAGUUGUUAAACAGCGAGUCACUUUUGUCAGACAAGUGAGCAGCAUGCACUAUUAAAGAUGCAUAAUGAUUCACUCCUAUUAAAGAUGCAUAAUGAUUCACUCCUAUUAAAGAUGCAUAAUGAUUCACUCCUAUUAAAGAUGCAUAAUGAUUCACUCCUAUUAAAGAUGCAUAAUGAUUCACUCCUAUUAAAGAUGCAUAAUGAUUCACUCCUAUUAAAGAUGCAUAAUGAUUCACUCCUAUUAAAGAUGCAUAAUGAUUCACUCCUAUUAAAGAUGCAUAAUGAUUCACUCCUAUUAAAGAUGCAUAAUGAUUCACUCCUAUUAAAGAUUCAUAAUGAUUCACGCCCGUUGAACCGUCAUAACGAUUCACGCCCGUUGAACCGCCGUAACGAUUCACGCCCGUUGAACCGCCGUAACGAUUCACUCCCGUUGAACCGCCGUAACGAUUCACUCCCGUUGAACCGCCGUAACGAUUCACGCCCGUUGAACCGCCGUAACGAUUCACGCCCGUUGAACCGCCGUAACGAUUCACGCCCGUUGAACCGCCGUAACGAUUCACGCCCGUUGAACCGCCGUAACGAUUCACGCCCGUUGAACCGCCGUAACGAUUCACGCCCGUUGAACCGUCGUAACGAUUCACGCCCGUUGAACCGCCGUAACGAUUCACUCCCGUUGAACCGCCGUAACGAUUCACUCCCGUUGAACCGCCGUAACGAUUCACUCCCGUUGAACAGCCGUAACGAAUCACUCCCGUUGAACCGCCGUAACGAAUCACUCCCGUUGAACCGCCGUAACGAAUCACUCCCGUUGAACCGCCGUAACGAAUCACUCCCGUUGAACCGCCGUAACGAAUCACUCCCGUUGAACCGCCGUAACGAAUCACUCCCGUUGAACCGCCGUAACGAAUCACUCCCGUUGAACCGCCGUAACGAAUCACUCCCGUUGAACCGUCGUAACGAUUCACUCCCGUUGAACCGUCGUAACGAUUCAUGGUUCUAAAGCUGUCAGUCUUGCUUUGUACUGUGCCUGAACCAGGAACAGAGAAGCUUGCCACUGACGUAGGACUAGUCCUUAACCAGGACGACAUUAGAAACCCACUCUGUGAUAUUCAGUAAGGUUGCUAGUCUCCAGGCCUGCAGUUGACACUCGUAUCCUCUUUCACACUGUGCCUAUUUAUUUUUGUGUCAUACUGUUACCUCAUUAAGUCUAAUAUAUAUGUGUUUUUAAAUUCACACCAAUGUAGAGCCAUUGUUAAAUUGCAGGCACAUGGUGAACCGAAUGAGAGAUUCUCCUCUCCUUGUGCUGUGUAAAAUAUGUUCCUUAGAGUUUUCUCCUACCCAUAGAGGGCACUGUUUAACCAGUAUAGAUACAGACUGAGCCUGUCUCCUACCCAUAGAGGGCACUGUUUAACCAGUAUAGAUACAGACGGAGCCUGUCUCCUACCCAUAGAGGGCACUGUUUAACCAGUAUAGAUACAGACGGAGCCUGUCUCCUACCCAUAGAGGGCACUGUUUACCCAGUAUAGAUACAGACUGAGCCGGGCUCCUAAAGCUCUCUGCCAGCCAGGCAGGACGGAGUUCAUAGAAAGAGACUGGGCUUUACUCUUGUGGCGUUCUCUGUCUCUCUCGCUCUCUCUCUCUCAACGUAACGACUCGCACACGGACACAAAGCAGCUAAGAUUUACAUACUGGUUAGACUACGGCGGCAUCCCAAAUAGCACCCUAUUCCCUAGUUAGUGCACUUCUUUAGACCAGAGCCCUAUGGGUAAAGCCCUAUGGGCCCUGGUCAGAAGUAGUGCAUUUACACAGGGCUUCCCAGUAAAGCAUUAACAGUUAAAUGCAUGCUGGUCCACAGCAGUUUUAAGGAUGUGUUAAAAAAAAACAACCCUGUGUUGUGAAUCUCAGUCUAGAACUGUUGGUAACAGAUGUGUCGACUGUUGCAUUUUUGAAUCUUAAUAAACCCAACCGCCGUUCUAAAUGAAACCAGAUGAUGAUGAUGAUGAUGAUUCACAUGAAUACAGUUGGAGUUGGAAUAGAUUAGAGUUUAGUUUUGCGUUGGUCUAUUUCCAUGUCACGCUGCCCAGCAUCUUGAUAGGGUGUGAGACAUUUGACUGAGAUGAUACUGAGUUCCCCAUUUAAUGACUUAUUCCAAUAGGCAGUUUGAGUGAGCAGGGUGUGUAUUAUGAGUGGAUAGUAUUUUAGUGUGUGUGUGUGUGUACGAUCCAUUCUCACGCUCAUUCAUAAAACAGAAGUUUUAGGGAUGCGUUGUGAGUGGCUGAAAGGCGGGGCUACGCAACAUUACGCGCCGUGUCUCCAACAGCCAAUAGGAAUCUGUCUCAGCCUCCUAGUGGUGCUGGGUACAGCAGAGUAUGCUGUGUGUGUGCAGUGUACUGCCGCCGGUGUGUCUGUCUAACUCCUCACACGCUACGCUCCGUCUGAUGCCACAGCUCCUGGUAUAACCAUACUGUUAGUUGGUGUGGACAUCACAGUAUCCACCAGCCUGACUCUGUCUGGACGCAGUU